AUGGCUCUACAACCCUGCCGCGCCGGCCUCGCGCGCUCUCGCCAGGCCGCCCGCGCCUUCAUGCCCUGCGUGCGCUCCUAUGCCUCCGACGCGACCCCGGAAUCCUUCAAGUCCACGCCCGCCGCCGCCUCCCCAGUGCCCCGGUGGUCCCAAACGCCUCCCCAAAUGAAGGCCGAUGUCCAGCUCGACUUUGCAAAGUACGCCCACAACAAGAUCUGGUCCGUCAACAACGACCCCAAGAAGCUGGACGAGGUGUACGACCGCCUGCUGGGCCCCAACGGCAGCAGGCUUUUGCCAGAGGAGCUCAAGUGGUUGGCUGUGACGCACAAGAGUUUUGACCAGGGAAGGAGAGGUUUCAACGACCGAUUGGCGCUCGUCGGCCGAAUGGCGCUCAUCAUGGAGACGACCAAGCAAAUUGUGGCCAAGGACGCCAUCCCCGGAGCGAAAGUGGCGGAUGAGUUCAACCGACAACCGUUUACACACCCGCAGCUGGAUUCGAUAGACAACCUGACAAUGGAGGGGCCGCGGGACAUCGUCGGUAAAGAGAAGCUGUACGAUCUUGCCAUUGAAGUGGGGUUGAUUGACGUUGUGCGGUGGAAGCCCCGAUUGGUACGGAAACUGAAGGCUUCCGGUGUCGAAGUUGUGCUCAACAGCGCUAUCCUGGCGAUUCUUGGCGCCAUCACCCUGCAGCAUGGAUCCGUGGUGGCAGCGCAGGUCAUCCGGGAGCGGAUACUGGGCAAGGUGCGGGCAUAG